UGCAGAACAACUGCUACCUCCUGUCCUCAGAUGCUGCACCUCUAUGGGACACAAAGCCCCAGGAUAUGAAUGAAGCUUUCUAACAAAGAGCCAUAAAAUCUCCAUGGGAGGGGGGCAGUGUACCCGCAGAUGCUUUUUAUAUCCUACAGGGAAAGAAUUCACUCUGUACUCUUUAGGGAUUGCUUUUGGAUCUGUGAUGUGGAUCAGAGGAUGCUGAUACCUGGAGGCUCCCAGUCCCACCGGCAGGGUCUUUCCUCCCCACGUGGCCCUAGUUGCUGACCCCCCUACCUGCGCCAUGACUUCGUCGGACAACGAUGAGACCGGCAGCGACUUGUCCGAGUCCCUGGAGAUCCGUGAGCUGCAGGACCAGUACCUGGAGCCGGAGACCAGCUUCAAGUCCCGCAGCUUGCCCAUCCUGAACGGGCCCUGUCCGCCCGACGGGAGGCUCCGUCUGCUGGACACCACCUGUGUGGCCCUGGAGGAGAGCGCAGAGCUCCAGCUGAGGACCCCGGAGACCCCCACCUCCAGGACGGACUUCUCGCCCUCCGCCUCCAGCAUGGUGGGGCUCAGUAGCUCGGUGCCGGGUAAAAAAACGGGCUUCUCCCUGAGCCGCCUUGUCUGCACGCCGGUCAGGAGGUACGUGCGGGUGAUCCUCAGGGACUCGCGCUGCUUCCUGUUCUGCAUGUGCUACCUGACCUUCGUGCAGUCCCUGAUGGUGUCGGGCUACCUGAGCAGCGUCAUCACCACCAUCGAGAAGCGCUACAGCCUCCGAAGCUCAGAGUCCGGCCUGCUGGUCAGCUGCUUCGAUAUCGGCAGCCUGGUGGUGGUGGUCUUCAUCUCGUACUUCGGGGGCCGGGGUCAGAGGCCCCGCUGGCUGGCUGUGGGCGGCGUCGUCAUCGCGGUGGGGGCGGCGUUGUUCUCCCUGCCGCACUUCAUCUCGCCGCCCUACCAGAUCCAGGAGGUGAACUCAUCCAUGGGGCGGGAGGGCUUGUGUCAGAGCGGGAACGGCAGCGGGAGGGAGCUGGACGUCGGGUCGUGCCCCCGAGACCAGGAGGGUAACGAGCACAACCUUUACGUCACCCUGUUCAUCGUGGCUCAGAUCCUGGUGGGCAUGGGUUCCACGCCCAUCUACACCCUGGGACCCACGUACCUGGACGACAACGUGAAGAAGGAGAACGCUUCCCUCUACCUGGCCAUCAUGUACGUGAUGGGAGCACUGGGCCCUGCAGCUGGAUACCUGCUGGGGGGCGUCCUCAUCGGCUAUUACGUGGACCCCACAACAGCCGUCAACAUCGACCAGAGCGACCCACGCUUCGUGGGAAACUGGUGGAGCGGCUUCCUCCUUUGCUCCGUCGCCAUGCUCCUCGUCAUCUUCCCCAUGUUCGCCUUCCCCAAGAAGCUGCCGCCGCGCCACAAGAAGAGGAAGAAGAAAAAGAUGGGCUCGCCCGGCGACGUGUCCAGCGACGACGAGGUGAUGAAGGAGAAGACGAGCAGCAAGGAGCAGAACGUGACGUCCUCCAUGGGCUUCGGGAAGGACAUCAAAGAUCUCCCGAAGGCGGCACUCAGGAUCCUCAGCAACAUGACCUUCCUCUUCGUCAGCCUGUCGUACACGGCGGAGUGUGCUAUCGUCACCGCCUUCAUCACGUUCAUCCCGAAGUUCAUCGAGUCGCAGUUCGGGAUCCCCGCCUCCAACGCCAGCAUCUACACCGGUGUGAUCAUCGUUCCCAGUGCGGGGGUGGGCAUCGUGCUGGGGGGCUACAUCAUCAAGAAGCUGAAGCUGGGAGCGCGGGAGUCUGCGAAGCUGGCGAUGAUCUGCAGCGGCGUGUCUCUGCUCUGCUUCUCCACGCUGUUCAUCGUAGGCUGCGAGAGCAUCAACCUGGGGGGCAUCAACAUCCCGUACACCACCGGCCCGACCCUGACGAUGACCCACAGGAACCUGACAGGAAGUUGUAACGUGAACUGUGGCUGCAGGAUCCACGAGUAUGCUCCGGUCUGCGGCUCUGACGGCAUCACCUACUUCAACCCCUGUCUGGCCGGAUGCAGCUCCGUGGGCAACGAUAGCACCGGAGUCAGAAACUACACAGACUGCGGCUGCGUGCAGAGCAGACAGGUCAUCACGCCGUCCUCCGGAGGACAGGUCAACCAGCUGCAGCUCGUCAUCGUGAAAACCUACCUGAACGAGAAUGGAUAUGCCUUGUCGGGGAAGUGCGACCGCACCUGCAACACCCUCAUCCCCUUCCUCAUCUUCCUCUUCAUCGUCACCCUCAUCACCGCCUGUGCCCAGCCCUCCGCCAUCAUCGUCACUCUCAGGUCUGUGGACGAACAGGAGCGGCCCUUUGCUCUCGGGAUGCAGUUCGUCUUGCUCCGAACUCUUGCCUACAUCCCCACCCCCAUCUACUUUGGGGCUGUGAUCGACACCACCUGCAUGCUGUGGCAGCAGGACUGCGGCGUGCACGGCUCCUGCUGGGAGUACGACGUCACCUCCUUCCGCUUCGUCUACUUCGGCCUGGCCGCCAGCCUCAAGUUUGUGGGCUUCAUCUUCAUCUUCCUCACCUGGUACUCCAUCAAGCACAAGGAGGACCGAGCGGAGCUGUGGCGACAGCGCCUGCCUCCGCUGGGCACCGUCAGCGAGCUCAUCUGCCACGCCGGGGGCCACAAGAGCCACGCUCGCACCCGGUCCUGCCCGGUGUUCAUCCCGCCGCGGCCCGACCCGCCCGCCGCUCUGCUGCUGCACCGCGGCCACAGCACCCUUAGCUGCCCCGGGAAUGCCCUCAAAGCAAUAACCCCGCCCAUCCUGCUGCCGCACCACCACAGAGGCUCCGCCCACGUCUGAGGCUACGCCUUGCUCCGGCGUCCGUUGUGACACGUGCCUUCCUGUCUGUGUUUCUGCUCCACAGCUGCUGCAGGACUCUAAAGGGCUGCUCCGGACAGAAGGCUGAUGAGACCUCCCAUGGUGCUACUGGAACAGAGCGGGGCUUUACAACCUGUACAGACGAGCCGCCACCAGCCGGCCACUAAAGCACAACUCACCUGUACUAUGCAAGAUCCCUGUACAGCUCCUCCUCCCCCUCUUCCUCCCGCUCCGAACACUUCAGCCUCCCGUCUGCUGUUAUCUGGAUCUUCAGAACUUUUUGUAACAGUGCCUCUCAGGCUGUUCGGCCAGUGUACACAGCUAGCUCAAUGCUAACGCUAGCUGAAGAAAGCCAGUCUCUGAGCGACUGCUCUGUCGCUCCUCGCCUUGGUGACGUCACCAUGUAGCUUAAAGCCGACACGCAGCAAUGGUUCAGCCUUUAACCACUUCUACUCAAUCUAGAUUCCAUUACACUCUACUUUAUUACAGAGGGAAGAAGGUUUCUCUGACCAUGUGCUGAAGCUACUGGAGAAGGUUUCUGAAUAUUGGACCUACUUUGAAACGAGGACUGGUGUCUGAUCUACAGGAGGAUGCACCACUCCUGCUUGCUGAAGCUCCACAGAUGUACAUAGUAGUAUUCUCUUGGUGUAGGCUUCAGAGAAAGUAGUGCAGUGAGCAGCUUCUACCGGCAGGGGUAAUCUGAUUACUCCUGGUGUGUGGCGCCUCUGGUGGCUGCAGACAUGAUUGUGUGAAGGCCAGUGAAUGUUGCUGUGUCAGAGCUUCUGUCUGGGUUGUAAUGUUCAUUAAUAAUCACGCUCCCAAAGAUUUACUUUCUGCAGUCUGAAUCAAACGGUCUGCAAAGCGUAGUGGUUUUUAGAUUACUGUAUUUUCUUGAAUGUCUUAAGGACUGACCUCCCUUUGAAAAGUGUUUUGCUGAGACAUGGAGAGAGCCUGGUUCGUAUAGAAAGGAGGAAAAGUCUGGAGCGAGAUUUUGUAUUUGAUAUUAUCCUAAGUUCAGCUGAGUGAAAGGAGCGGAGCGUCUGCUGCAGUGGGAACGUGUUAACUUUGGGCCACGCUUGGUGGUUUUCUGGCAGUGACUCGUUUAGUAUUAUCGUGACUUAGUACCUCAGAUUAAAUUUCCAUAAUAAGUGAGCAUCGUGUAAAUAUCGGCAGAGCUAAUGACGCGUAUUAUCCAGUUAGUUAGAAGCAUAUUUAUGAACUAACAUGGCACUGCAAUUAAAAAAGUCAUUUCAGUUAACUAUUAACUAUCUACUCCAUUAAAGUUAGUGCUGCUAAUGGAAUUCUGUCCUGAUUGAAAACCAAUUAAGCCCUGAGAGGCCAGUGAGGACAUGAAUAAAUCUAGUGCUUGAUUUGAAUAUUUCUCCCAUUAGUUAAAGAUCUAAAAACAGGUGAAACUAAAGGAUUUGCCAGAAUAUUUUUUCAGUCAUUUUUAUUUAGUCCAUUCUCAUUAACAACGUGCAUUUAGUGAGUGUUAAAAAGCUGUGUAACAUGGCUUUCUUUUGGCUAUAAAUGCCUCCUUUUGGUCUUACUCAGAACACAGGGUACUCUCCACUCUUCUGUUCUUACCAAUAACAUCCUAUCCUGGCAAACCGUUUAAUUCCCCUGUUCGUAAAUCACAUCACAUUCUUUCCACGCUUGCCUCUCAGGUCUUUGUAAAUCCUCUCGUAUUUACUGAUUAUUGGUAACUGUUGAGCGUGCAUUAAGUAAAUCUGUUAUAUAUGAAGAGGAGGAAGGAGGGGAAUCGGCAGCAGCGCCACACAUGACUGCAGAACGUGCUCUGAAAGUGGAGCUCUGACGGUCUGAACUUGGCUUCUGUUCCUCAGCAGCAGAGGCCUGGUUGAUGUUUGUGAACACUUGAUUUACAGAUGCCUUGAAACUGGA